CGGGCCGGGAGGGGCCCCGCGGGGCCAUGAGCGGCGCCGGGGCCCUGGAGCGGCGGCCGCGCGUGUUUCCCCCGCUCCCGGCUCUGGGGCAGGAUGGGGUCCUGCAGGCACUGGUGCUUGGAGCAGGGCAGUGCUCGGCCCCUGGGAUCAGCGAGGAGCAGCGCCGGGCCCAGGAGGAGUGGGAGGCUCUGGAAGAGAUCCAGUCAGGGCUGGGGGGCACCUCUCCCGUGCCCCCUCCCCCGAUCUCCUUCGCGGAGGCGCUGCAGCACUUCCAGAGCUCGGGGCUGCCCCAGAGCCGGAGGAAGGCGCGGGGGCCGGGGCGCCGGGGGGCCUUGGCCGUCCUGCUGCGCUGCCUCGGGGGGUCCCCCCGGCUCCGGCCGCAGCUGCGGGGGGAGCAGGAGCUGGUGCUGGCCAUGGCACAGUAUCCCAGGGGUGUUUUUAGCCACCUGGGGCGUUCCCUCCCCCCGGGUGCCCCUCCCUCCCUCCUGCCAGGCGCCCUGGAUGACUCGGAGCGGGUGCACAUGCGGAUCCUCCAGACCAUCUACCGGCAGCUGACACGCUCCCGCCGGGGCUGCCCCCGCUAUGGGACACACUGGGAGGAGCUGGGAUUCCAGGGUGUGGAUCCUGGGACUGACCUGCGUGGGACGGGAAUGCUGGGGCUGAUGCAGAUCCUGUUCUUCGUCCUGGACUCCCGGACGCUGCCGCUGGCCAGGGAGAUCUUCCAGCUCUCCCAGCAUGAAACCCAGAAUUUUCCCUUCUGCAUCAUGUCCGUGAACAUCACCCGGAUCGUCGUCCAGGCGCUGCGGGAGGAGCGGCUCUCCCGGGAAUGCAACCGCCGGCAGCAGGUCAUCGGGGUGCUGAAUGACCUGUACGCCGCUGCCUUCCUGCGGCUCUUCCGCCUCUGGAAGCGGCAGCGCGGGACUGUCGCCGACGCUGGGUCCUUCCUCAAGGAGCUGGAAUUAUCCACCAAAAAGAAGCCAAGGCAGCUGCUGAGAUCCCUGGAAGCCUAUGUGAGCCAUGGCCUUCGGCCUUCCUCCCCUCCUCCCUCCUCCUCCUCCUCCCAGAUCCACUUCACCAGCAUCUGUGACCCUGUGGUCGAGCUGGAGCGAGAUUCCCGACUGAUCUGACAUGGAGCAGGAUACUGCACAGGGAAUUCUGCUGCUGGAUCAGCCCUUGGAGGGGGACACGCCGGUGUGUCCCCUGGUUUGGGGGCUCGGGAAAGGCCAGGAGAGGUCACAGAGCCAGGAUUCACCUGCUCCAGGUGGAAAUCCCUGGAAGUGAAAGAGGAGAGGCAGCCUGGCACUGGGAUAGUCCCAUCUGUCCUUACCCUCCCCCGGGGGAGCUGGGUGGUGGUGCCAGGCUCCUGGAUCCCAUCCCAGCUCCAGCAGCACCCAGGGGGAGAGAAACCCCAAUUCGGGCUGUGGAGGCUUCACUGGGGCUGGGGGGAGCAGGACCAGGGGGACAGCAGGACCAGUGUGGCCCCCCCAGCUGGGGACCCCCAGAGUCACCAUGGGGUGUCAGCACCCAGAGAAGUUUAACUAAAGGGGGUGGAAAUGUGGUGGAAAAGAGUUUUGGAUUUGGAUUUGCCACCGGAUUCUGUGGGAUGCAGAGGGUAGUGGUGAAGCAGGAGUGCCAGGAGCCUGAUUGGGGGUGAAAAAGGUGCUGUGAAGGAGAGAAAUGAGGGUUGAGAGCUGCAGGGAGGAGUGUUAUUCCCUCUGGGAGCAGCUCUGUGCCAGUCUUUGGGAAUGUCCCCAAACCUCUCAAAAUGGGGAGAAUUCCCCAAAGCCCAAGACUGGAGAGAACUGAGGGGUUUGGGGGAGAGAAGGCUGGUGGGAGAAUGGAGCAUCAUGACCCCCAGCCCCCCCAAGGUACGAUGAUUCCUGGGGGCUGAGAAUGCUUCUGGAUGGAAAAACAUCCAAUAAAUGGGCAAAAAGGAGCCCAAAAUUA